UCUCUUCUCUGUGUGUUUUGGUGAGUCUAGCUAUCUACCAGUCAGAGAUAGAUGAGGAGGACGUACAGCCAGAGGAAACAGACACAACUCCUAACAGAGAUGUCUGGUGGUCCCCUCUCCUGCUUCUCCAAACAGGGAAUACUCCUACUCUCUAUCCUCCACUAUGGGAUCUGGGCUGAAGUCCCUCCGAAGGACCUGUAUGGAUUGAGGGGGGGUUCGGUGUACCUGGCUGUAGCAGAACCACCGCAGGAGCUUCGAAGACAAAGUUGGAAGGUCAAUAGUACCAUAAUAGUUUCUGACAGAAAGGUCUCUCCUAAAUACCAGGAGAAAGUGGAGUAUAAUCCACUGAACCACUCUCUGUGCAUUAAGAAUCUGAGUGAAAAAGACAGAGGAACUUACAUUGCAACCUAUGAGAAAAAUUGGGAAGAGUUGACUACUACAUACAGACUAACAAUACAGGAGCCUAUAUCCAAGGUGGUGAUCCAGGAGGAGAUCACGCUAUUGGCCAACCAGUCCUGUUCAGUGUGGCUGCUGUGCAACGUGUCAGUCUGCUCCAACAUCUCCUACACCUGGGAGAGAGGGAAUGAAACAUACAGGGAUGACCAGCAGAUACACUUCUCUCUGUCACCAGCAGACGGAGACAUCAGUGUAACCUGCACUGCCUCCAACACAGUCAGUGAGAAAUCUGCCUCUACAACAGUAAAGUGUAGUAAUGACACAACCAUCCCAGGGCUGGUGUGGUGUAUCAUCUGCAUUGUAGUGGUGUUGACCCUCAUUGUAGCGGUGGCAGUGUAUUGCUGCAGGGGCCACUGUAACACGGUAUAUCAAAAUGACAAGACAAUAUAUGCGGAUGUUAUGGGCAGUACAAUAAAUAAAGAUACAAGAGGGACAGUGGAUGAUCUGGCUGAACCAAGACUGAACAAGCCGCAGACUCUGUACAACGAGAUCAAAGUUGGACGCCCAAAAGCGCCCUCUUCUGCCUACCAGGAAGUACUUGUGAGCUGAGCAGGAUGUGUUCAUAGGAUGGGCCUUAUAUCUCUGCAUCCAAGGCUACAGUCUGUAGAUGGAUGUUACUGUUAACUUUUAUCACAACUUGCACAUUUCUGACAUUUGCUGCUUAUUUUUUUCAUGAUUGCAAUCUUCUCCCUUUAUUGUUCCUCAUAUACAGUGGGGCAAAAAAGUAUUUAGUCAGCCACAAAUUGUGCAAGUUCUCCUUCUUAAAAAGAUGAGAGAGGCCUGUACUUUUCAUCAUAGGUACACUUCAACUAUGACAGACAAAAUGAGAAAGAAAAAUCCAGAAAAUCACAUUGUAGGAUUUUUUAUGAAUUUAUUUGCAUUAAACAAAACUAUAAACACACAUACAUUACAACAAAAACAUUGUACAUUAAAAUCACAAAUGUCUUAACUAAAAACAACUGGCCUAAAAACAAUUACACUCUUCUAUGAUAUAUACAUCGAUCAAGUGUUUAAACUCCACCAACGAAACUAGAUCAUCACAUUUUAAAAUGUGUUCAUGACAGAAUUCCAGGACCACAGAGCUAAGUAACUAAAACUAUUUAUACCGUGUCCUGUUCUAAUUUUUGGUGCUAUUAGAAGCAAAUCAGAAUGGGACCGUAAUUGAUAUUUAUUUACUGACCUGACUAAAAAAAGGACAGAGAUAAAAUUGAAUAAUUAUAGAGACACAUUUUAUUCAUAAUAAAUGUAUACAUAACAUUG